AUGCGUGUAAAUUCCUUCCAUUUCGGUUUCAUCAUUCAUUUUUACGUGUUAUAUUUAAGCCUUCUGUCUGGCCUUCCCAGUCCUUUUUUCGGACCCAAAGGUGUCCGUUUGUUGCUAGCUUUCAGGGGCUUUUGUGGAUUUGUCGCGCUAGUUGGAAUCUAUUGCUCUUUGCAAUAUCUCUCUCUGCCUGACGCAACAGUCUUGACUUUUUUGGCCCCGCUGUGUACUGGAGUGGCGGGCGCAUUUUUCCUCGGAGAAACAUUCACACGCCGACAAGCAUUAGCUGGAGUUUUCAGCCUUGCUGGAGUUGUGCUUAUCGCGCGGCCGGCGACGAUUUUUGGCGAUUACUCCAAUCUUUGGGGUGCAGGGGCAGGUUUUCUCAGAGAACCAAACGAAAACGUAACCUCUGCUGAGAGACUGUUUGCUGUCUGCAUGGCGAUGCUCGGGGUAUCGGGUACAACUGGAGCAUUUGUCCUCAUCAGAGCUAUCGGCAAACGAGCUCAUCCUUUGCACUAUCUUAUCUGUUAUUCCACUCUAUACGUCGUUGUUUCGUCGGUGGCGAUGCUCGCCACAAAGACCCAGUUUGUUAUUCCGACAGGCCAAGGCUGGCUCCUCGCAUCAUUCGGCAUUUUCGGGUUUCUAGCACAGGUUUUUUUGACAAUGGGUCUCCAGCGUGAAACAGCUGGGCGAGGAACAAUGGCCGUUUAUACACAGAUUGUGUUCGCUACUGUACUGGACCAAAUCUUCUUCCAUUCUGUCCCUUCGACGUUAUCGGUGAUUGGAACACUCAUCAUUCUGACAUCCACACUAUAUGUUGCUUAUACGAAGGAAAGGGGCAAGACCGCACAUAUAACUUGCGAUCAGCCCAUUCAUGAAUCGUUUGAAGAAGGAUUCUUAGGACGUACACAGGAAAACCAAGCUAACUACGCGGGAAAUGACCAAGAUUGGCGGCAGGAAGGGCGGACGUAG